CAGAAACCUAUUAUGCUACAUGGACAUGAAAGGUCCAUCACUCAAAUAAAAUAUAACCGAGAAGGUGAUCUCAUCUUCUCUAGUGCUAAGGAUCCACAACCCAAUGUUUGGUAUUCACUUAAUGGAGAGAGGCUUGGAACAUUUGUUGGUCAUAAUGGUGCUGUUUGGUGCAUUGAUUGUAGCUGUAUCCUUUAGCAAGUUCAUAUCAACUGUACUUUUUUGUUACUAAUUACAAAUAGGACCUAUGGGGCUGUGGACAUAUUAUAUAACGGGAAUGGGAUAUGGGACUGGUUUAUCAUUUUGUUAUAUUGUGUUGUAUGGGGUGUGAUGGUAGAGUACAAUGUUUAUAGCAAUUCUUUAUUUUUUGGGGGUUUUAUUAAUAUUUCUUUUAUCAAAAUUUCUGCUUUUUAAAUUUACAGAGUUACCCUAAAUUUAACUGCAAUGUAUUUUUGAUUGCAAAAAUUAGCUCAUUUCAGUAAAAAAAAAAAUUUUUCUGCUUUUUGCUUGAAAAUUGCUUUUUUUCUAAUUGUUUUGAAGGACUACCGGUAAUUAAAAUUAUUUGAGUAUAUAUUAUUUAUACCCACAACAAUUACAGAAAGUUAACAACUGUACACAGCUUAUUUAAAUACUUAAACCAAUGACUACCAACUUUUAUUUUAUGCUCUGAGUGUAAAAUGAAGAAUGGAAAGGGUGAUGUAUAUAGAUAUAUAUAAGUGAUGUAUAGAGGUAUACAUCAAUUGACAAGUGAUAUUAUAUGUAUACAUUGGUAUGGUAUGAGUGAAUGAGUAAAACAACUUGCCUUAACCAAAAAUUAGGGGAUUCUUGCAAAGUCCUCACAGGAGCAGCUGACAACACAUGUAAACUAUGGGAUUGUGAGACAGGUAGGCUCUUACUUAUGUAUUUCAAGGGAGAUUUUUGCAUUUUGAUGUUGGGUGGGGCUGGUCUUUUAAAAUAAACUUUAGAGCCAUAACUUGUACAUAAAUAACAUGUACUAAAUUAUCACAUCACUAGAAAUUAAUAAAACCAUAUGACUUAAGUUUUGGGAUAGCUGAAAACAAUUUAUUACCUUUCAGUGCAAAUGAUGAAAUCUUGAAACUUAAAAAAUGUAUUUUCAUUUUAAUUUAUGAUCAGCUUCUAUAUUAUGUAGAUACCGGUAUGUGUAAUAUUAAAAGAUUACAAAGAUUUUUUUAAUGUAUUGUGUUCCCUUAGUAACUUACAUAUAUAUAUAUAUAUAUAUGUAAAUAUAUCAAAUGUGUCCAUUAAAGGUACACAGAUGAACUCUCUAGAAACAAGAACUGCAGUUAGGACAAAUGGGUUUUCUUACAGUGGCAAUCUUAUCAUGUACAGCACAGAUAAAACCAUGGGUUGUCCAUGUGAGAUUUACAUCUACGACAUCAGGGAUGGAGGACAAAUGGGUUUGUAGAAUCAUUCUUGCUCUCUAUGAGGAGUUCAUAAGUUGUUCAAACAAUUUAAUUUGUUCAUAUUUUGUAUUUUUUAAAUAUUUUUCUCAAUCAUGUUUUAGAAAGUACCAAUUUACACACAAUCACUGUUUUAUGGUCUGUAAAUGAUUAGAAUUAUUUGGUGUCUUAAAAGAUUAUAUGAUUAGUGACACAAUAUUAGAACCUGGUUAGAUGUGACUUGUUUACUGGUAUGUCAUUAAAACUUGGCAUACCUAGUGUAAGUUAAAUAUCUCUCAAAUAACUAAUUGAUUGAUAUUAUGUGUUGUGCUAUAUGAAAUUCUGCAACACUUAUAUUUUAAAUUUCUGUGCAGGGUAACUACAUAUUUUGUAAUUUUUUUAAAAUCAAUAUUUUAUUAGAAUCUGGUACACCAUUAGCAACGAUCCCUAUUGAGGGUUCAAAGAUCACUUCUGCUAUCUGGGGCCCUUAUGAAGAAUACAUAAUCACCGGCCAUGAGAAUGGGGAGAUCAACCAAUGGGAUUUAAAGGUUGGUUUGUGUGUAAUUUGUGAGAGUGGAUUUGGAAGUUAAGUUUUGUUUUAAAUAAAAAGAACUUUGCUUGAGUUUCUUAUAUUAAGUUAUAUUCAUGUUGACCAAUAUUCUUUACUGUUGCUAUAUGGUAGCGUUUUUAACUGAAAACAUUACUUACCGAAUAUAGUCUUAAUAAAAAAAUUUAAAAAAAAGUAUAUUAUUAAAUGGGGCUAAAUUUUUUUUAUUGGCCAUUCAAUUCUCCAUAUAAGUCACUGUGAUACAAGUAUACUUUUAAAUGACCAAUUCUGGACAUAGUUACUGUAACGAAAGUAUGUUUCAUGAGUCACCGUUCUCCACAGACUCUGAAAAAACUUGAAAGCUGCCGUGACCACACCAAACAGAUCAAUGACAUUCAGCCAUACAAAGAUUAUACAAUGUUUAUCACUGCAUCUAAGGAUAACACAGCAAGGGUAAGUUAGCUAGAUAUACGUUUUAAAUUUCAAUAUCAGUGAAGGAAAAUCAUGGCUUUCAAUAUGUCAGUGGGUGAACUGAUAAUAAUUUAUGCAUUAAAAUAUUUAAAAGGCUUCAUUUGUGAAUAAACCAAGGUUUUACAUUCAUGAUAUUAUGUACUGUCAUUUUCAAGCCACAAAAAUGCAGAACAUUUUAAAUGUGGAAAGUUCAACAAUGGACUUGUCUAAACAUUGCCCUCUUGUACUAUUCCAGCUAUUUGACAUGGAAACUCUUGAGCCUAAAAAGAUAUACAAAACUGAAAGACCUGUCAACUCUGCUGCCAUCUCACCUCUCCAUGAUCAUGUAAGCUUUCAUUAGUGGCAAGGAGUUAUUUACUAUAGUGGUUUGUAAUGAACAAGAACAAACUGAAUGGAGAAUUUAUCAUGAUAAAUAAAAUGGAAAUGCUUGCAUUGAAUGAAGGUUUUCUUUACAUCAUCAGACUUAGUGAUAAAAUUAAAGUGGUCCUUACUUGAUUCACUUUAUAACAGUUAGUUCUUAUAUAUACCUUGAUUGUUUCAAAUUUUCAGGUAGUUGUAGGCGGUGGUCAGGAAGCUAUGCAGGUGACAACUACCAGCACAAGAGUUGGCAAAUUUGAUGCCCGCUUCUUCCAUCUAGUCUUUGAGGAAGAAUUUGGUAGAGUCAAAGGUCAUUUUGGUCCCAUAAACAGUGUUGCAUUUCAUCCGGAUGGGAAAAGGUAUUUUUCGAAUUUAUUGAAUUUUAAUAAUUUUUUUUAUUAUUGCUUACAAAUACAAUUAUUUCAAAUUUUUUAAAAUUUAAGUUCAGACAUUUUGAAUAACAAUGGUGGUGUUAGCAUUUGUUCCUAUUUCAAGAAAUCGAUUUGAGGAGAUUGAUAUAACCCAAUUUUUUUCUCUUUUGACUCCUUGAAACAGCUAUUUACUGUUUGCUAUAGCAAGUAAUAUUUCAGUUGUCUUUAAAACUACUAACUUCACAUUUUCCCCAAUAUUACAUAUUUUAUAGCUGGUCAUUUUUCCAUUCUAUUAAGUGAACCAACAUUUCUGUUUACUCUUUGUUCCUCAGCUAUAGCAGCGGCGGUGAGGAUGGUUAUGUUCGUGUGCACUAUUUUGAUUCCAAUUAUUUGGAUUUCUCCUUUGAAUAUUAACUCUCCUUUUUGUGUAUUUAUAGAAUGUGUAAGAUCAAUAAAACAAGUUUAACCACUUCAAUUUUUGGUUGUUUGUGAUCUUUAACCUUGGAAUGAGUGAUGUGAUAUCUGGAUUAGUUAUAUUGAAACAAAAAAAAACAAUUGUGUUUAUUCAUUACCUUCAAUAUCCAUAUCAUUUAUUAUCAAUAUUAGAAUGAGAAUCAAGCAACCAUCCUCAUUGUUAUUAAUUGUUGUCUUAUGCUAAAACAAUAAAUCACCUGGACCAAGAAA